GUCACGACUAUCUCCGCGAUCAUGUCCGACAUCCAGCUUACAACCGGCUCAAUAGAAAGGCUUCUCUCUGUCGCACCAGGCGACAAUGAGCUCUGGGAGACUGGCCAUGUUCUUCAGCUCCUUUCGCUAAAGAAGAUUGGUGCGGCGCGUGAGGGCGCUGCGCCUGACCGUUUCAGACUUGUAGUGUCGGAUGGUGUCCAUUACACGCAAGCCAUGCUUGCGACACAGCUUACUGGUAUGGUCGACGAGGGCGAAAUCGCGAAGUACUCGGUCGUGAAAGUCGAAAAACUCACAUGUAACAAUGUGCAAAACAAAAAGCUCCUUAUCCUAUUAGCGCUCACGCCUGUAGGUAACCCAGGUGAAAAAAUUGGUGAUCCCGGAUCACUCGAAGUCCCUGGACAGAACGCAUCAUCAAGUACAGAAGCACAAGCAACGCCCACGACUGCAGUUAACACCCCUGUUGCCCAACAGCAAAAGUCCGUUCAGUCUCAGAAACCUCCGCAGCAGCAGCAGCAGCAGCAGCGAGCAAAUGGCCCUGUGGUUUUUCCUAUUGAAGGGCUAAGUCCAUAUCAAAACAAAUGGACAAUUCGUGCUCGUGUUACGGUCAAAUCCGACGUUCGGCAUUAUUCUACUCCAAAGGGUGAGGGCAAGAUAUUUACUGUGACUCUCAUGGACGACUCGGGCGAAAUUCGGGCAACCGGCUUCAAUCACCAGGUGGAUCAGUUCUACGAUAAGCUCGAGGAGGGGAAGGUCUACUAUGUUUCCAAGGCCCGUGUAAACCUUGCCAAGAAAAAGUUCUCGAACGUACAGAAUGAAUAUGAGCUUAUGCUUGGCACAGAAACGGAAAUUUCUGAGUGUGCGGAUCAAGCAGCUGCUCCACAAAUCACGUACCACUUUGUUAAGUUGUCUGAACUUGGGAAUCAAGAAAAGGAUACGACUUGCGAUGUAAUCGGCAUUGUGAAAGAUGUGUCUGAUGUAACAGAGAUAGUUGCAAAGGCAACUGGGAGGACGAUCAAAAAGCGAGAACUGACUCUUAUUGACCUGUCGGAGUUCGCGGUCCGUAUGACACUCUGGGGGAAGCAGGCAGAAAGCUAUACUGCUGAGGAGCACGCUGUCCUUGCAUUCAAGGGCGCUAGGGUUGGUGAUUUUGGAGGGCGUUCACUAUCCAUGUCAAAUGCUACCCACAUGUCCGUCAAUCCUGAUAUUAAUGAAGCGCACGUUCUCCGUGGAUGGUUUGAUUCACUGAACUCGCCCCCAGCAUUCAAGUCUCACUCUGGUGGAAGCUCCUCUGCAGGUGGAUUCGGUGACAUCAGGAGGGAGGCGAUGAAAACUCUCUUAGAAGUCAGGGCUUUGCAGGAAAACGUACCUGACGGCGGUGAGAAUUUUUCGUGCAGGGGAACGAUUCUGCACAUCAAAGCGGACAAUCUAUUCUAUCCGGCAUGCCCGACGUGUAACAAAAAAGUUAUUGAAGGGAGCGAGGGAUGGCGGUGUGAGAAAUGCGACCGUGCAUAUACGGAGCCCGAGUAUCGGUUUAUGAUGUCGAUGUCGGUGGCGGACCACACAGGGCAAGUGUGGUUGAAUGGCUUCAAUGACGUUGGUCUUGUCGUGUUCGGCAAGACGGCGAGCGAGCUCCAUGAGUUGAAGGAGCGAGACGAAAGUGCAUAUACUGCGGCAAUUGCGAGGGCGACGUGCAAUACAUAUAACUUCAACUGCCGUGCAAAGCAAGACACGUAUAACGAGCAAUCGCGGGUGCGGUUUGGGAUCCAGAAGAUCAUGCCCUUAGAUUACAAGCUGGAAGCGGGAUUACUCCGUGACCGGCUGAAGAAGAUGGGCCUCUAGGGGGGUAUUGAGUUGUGAGUAUGCGGGGUAUAAAUAGGUGUUUGACUGUUGCUGUCCUUUGAUCGAGACGAUAUGGCAUGCUUGUAACUGUAGCAGUACUCAUUCUCAGUGAUAUAUAUACUAAUCGACUUUGA